AUGGCCUCUCUGCUCCAGGGAGAAGGGAACUCGAGCGCAAGCCAAUCACUCGAUUCUCGCCACGUCAGGUCAAUUCACACACAUACCACCGCCAACAUGAUUACCAAAUUCAUGACCGAGAUCACGGCGCGCUUCAACCCAUUCUCCGCCUGCGCCAAGCCCGCGCGCCUCUUCCUGACGCUUCUGCCCCCGAAUGCGAGAACGAGCGGAACGACCAUUAGCACGACGCUUCUGCCGCGCGCGUCGACGGAGCCCAGCUCGGUGGCCGUCAAAUUUAAGGACGGCAAGGAACUCAAGUUCAACACGGGCAAAAUCACCAUCAAGGGCCUGGUCGAGGAAAUGGACCGACAUUCGCGAAAGCUGCAAAAGAAGGCCGAUCUCACGGAUUAA